AUGCAUCUCGAGCUGCAUCGCCAUCAUCGUCAAACGAAAGUGUUACUCCAGGUUGAUGACGAUUCCUUACGUCAAGAGGUGCUGAGCUUAAAGGGCGCGGUGGAAGCGAGCUCGGAGCGGCCCAAGAGCAGCGCGGGCUGGAAGCAGGAGGCGAGUAAGUUCGCCGAGUCCUUGGAGAAUCUGCGCUUCCGCCAGGACGACUUCCUUGUCCAGCUGAAGGCGGCCAAGGCAGCGUUGAAUGAACUGCCAGCGCUGAAGGAGGAGCUACGAUCUGGUCGGGAGGCCACGGACAACUUGGCCCAGAGCUUCACAAAAACGAAGGAGGCCACGUCCACGGAGCUGCACCAGCUGACCCACCGAUUCAACCAGCUGGAAGAGAAGAGGUUAAAGCAGCUCGGUAUGGACGUUCAGGCGCUCCAGGGAGCAUUGGUCCACGUGCAGACCGAGCUGCAGAAGGAGGUGGUGAUCCCAGACCACAUCCUCCGUGAGAUUGACGCAAAGUCUGAAGCUAGACAGGAAGCCAUGUGGGCUGAGCUGCACAAGCACGCGGAGACCGCCGCACAUCGCGCGGACCAGCUCGAACGCAGUCUCUCGAGUCGAUUGGUCAGCCUCGAGCAUUCCACCAACGCGCUGCUGCAGAAUGAGGCACACUCCCGCGAGAUGGAGCGUGAGAUGGCAAAGCAGUCGGAGUGGUUUGCAUGGCGCAUCGCUUGGUUGGAAUGGGCGACGACCGGAGAAAAGCGAAGCUUCGCACGGCCUCUGCUUCCGCCGCCUGCCACCCCAGCUGCGACGUGCUUUAAGCAGCCGAUGACAGAGGAUUCCGAGCUCUGGGCACAGGAGAAGACAGGGCGCCAGCGCCUGCGGCGCGCGCCGCUUAUGCGCCUCCCAUCAGCAGGCCCCGCCAACGCACAGAGGCUGUUGCAGACAGACGCGAGCCCAGCGUCCGUCAAGACUUUGGCCACAUCCUCCUCCGCCCCGGAUCUGGUGGUCGGGCCCGCCAGUGCAG